AUGGUGAACAACAAUACUAGCGAGCGACCGUUCGACGAACUAGUUAACUGUGGAGGUGCUCAAGAGAUAUUAACAUUAGUGAGCGAACGUGAAAUAUUGGGUAACGUGAGCGGGUCGACGGGGCGAGUGUGGAGAUUCGCUGUGAUGGGUGACGCCCUAGUGGAACACUACAUGAUCCGCGACGCAGACUCACCCAUCCUCCAGAGGGAAGUGGACGCAGUGGCCCAGUGGCUCGCCUCUGACACGUGUUACCAUGUGAUGCGUGACAACAUCUUCCACAGGGUGCCCAUGUUGGCAGGGAUGUGGGGCGGGUGUAACAAGUGGCGGAGGGAAGAGGCGCAGAUGGUGCGGGACUAUGCUCUCUGUCAUGCCUCACUCCCUUCCCAAGACCAGGAGAUCCUGAAGUCUCACUUGUGGCCGAUUGCUCGUCUCAACGCUACUGUGCAUGAUGCCUACACCUGCCGGAGGUUCGGUAGAGCCUCGCCUUUCCCAUCGAGGAGGGUCAACUUCACCUUCGUGGGUCAGAGGUCAUACCGUAGCAGGUUCCACAGGGAGAGAACCUACAUCUCCUGCCCUCUCUACUGUCGUCCCAAGAACCACAAAAACUGGUUCUAUUGUUGAUA